GUUUUUGUUGCUUAUGAAAAGAAUGAAAUGUCAGUUUACGAUUCUUGGAAAUCACAAUCAUUGUGUAACGAUCUACCUAACUACCAGAAUGUUGGCAAAGCUAAACAUCGACGUAAUCCAAUUAUUGACCACUGGGCAGACACACAUAUCACAAUGGUUAAAGUUGAACUGUACAAGGAAGAUGUGCAAGUCGUAUGGAUGACUUUCAAUGCUCAGAAUACUGAUAAUCUCAACUGGUUUUCUAAGAAAAACUUUUAUCAAAGUAGCUUCACUGAUUUAUCACCGUGCAGUAAAACGAAUUAUUUCUCGGCUAUUGGGCAAACAAUAAAUGCAAGGAGGUUCUUUAUUAAUAAAAACUAUGGUGGAUGUGCAAAUGAUAAUGGCUGGUUUUGUAUAAAAGAAAGAAAGGAUACAUGUAAAUGGAGUCAGUUCAACAAGUAUCCGGUGUUUAUGUACACCAAAAAUGAACGAAACUGGACAAAAGAUGCUGUGACUGCCGACACGCUUGUUAUUUCCAUUGCAGUGGGCUUCUAGUGAUAAUAAUUAUUGCAAAAGAAAGAAAGGCGUCGAAGUGAUAUCUGAUAUAUCUGAGAGGACAAAGAAAUCAACAGUUACCACAUUCUUGUUAUGU